AGAUCACGACCUGAGCUGAAAUCAAGAGUGAGAUGCUUAACCGACUGAGCCAUCCAGGUGCCCUGUGCUUUCUAGAAAUUCUUUGAAUUGUGGGUCCCCUUUUUCUGGCCAGAGUAUUCUCUAUUGGGUGAUGAUUUUGCAUAAACUAUGGUGAGAUGCUGUUCAGAACUAGUACCACAAGCUGGGAGAAGGUAGCUGUUGGCAUGAAAACCAUGAACUUCCAAACUUAAAUAUCUGAGUGCUUUGUUAACCUGGAUAAAUAUGCCAUUGGAUAUGGCUGACCCUAAGUUAAUGAGGCACUCAGGAAAUGGGGUAUAUUUGGAGGGUCCGCAUUUCUGGAUGGCUGAGGUUUAUUCAGAUUAUAUUCGUUGUAAAUCAGUCUAAAGAAUAUCCGCCUGCUUCUCAGCCUUAACCCUAAAUAGUGAAUUCAACAGAUUUCUUUUUUUCAUUUAGUGUCCUGAAAAGCAUGGGACUGCCAUAUUACAGGUUUCUUUUUUAUACAGUUUGGAGCUGAGUGAUUGGAUAAAGAUAGGCAGGUCCCUAGGAAAGCACCUAAUAGUUGUUUUUAGAAUGAAUUUUUAAGCCUAUUUUACAUCUCUGUUGAAAUUCUUCAUUCAUGCAUUGUUCUUUUAGAAUGAAUUGGGGUGGAGUUUGCUUUUGGUCAUUAGCAUCUUUGCCCUAAGAGGCAGAAUUGCCCCCACCCCCAAAAGUACUGCUUUAACUUGGAUUGUGUUAACAUUGUAGGUUAGUAUCGACUGUUAAGUAUUUAAACAAAUUGUAAGUGACCAAAAUGAAUGAACCGAGUUAAUUAAGAACAGUAAGAUCACCAGGGAUGAUCACCUUCCAGGCAGCAGUACCAGCACCAAGUGUUCACUCAGCACCUCUCCCCAGGGGCUGUUCUGAGUGUCAGGAAGGAUCAAAGAAACACAGGUAGAGAGUCUCUAAGCAGGAGACGUCAUCACCCAGCUGCUGUCAAUUGCCAGGUGGGUGAACAACAAAAGGAGGAGGGGUGUAUUAGCAUGGGGAGCACCCUGGGUUGGGGUAGGCGGCCUGGCCAAGUGCUGCUAGAGGCAAACUACUCAACAUCUCUAGACCUCAGUUUCCUCAUGUGAAAACGAGGUGUUCAACUCAAUUUCAAAAGGACCUUCAGCCUCUGAGACUCCAGAGCAGAUGUUUGUUGAAGGAGGCCUGAGGGUUUACAGCAGGAACUGUCAUUUGAUGGGUGAGUCAGACUGGGGGCAGCAGGAAAAUAAUGUCUUCACAAUCCACACAAGGGCACAGGCAAUUAGGAAACACACUUAGCUGAUGGCUUGAGUGUCUGUUCCACUCGAAGGAUAUAUUCCUGAAGAGGGACAGGGUGACUCAUCAGCCGGCUGUAACCUGAUGAAAUAGAGCUAUCCAAUUUCCUUGCUCUGAUUCCAGGCAACCAAAGGAUCUUAAUUUGGUUUUCCAAGGCAGUUUCCCCAGGCAAGCAGAGGAGUAAGUGAUGGCAAUUGGAAAUUGACAUUCUUUCGUGGGAGCAAAAUUAGAUCACGUGUGAGAAAUGACUGUGAAAUUAAAUAAAGUAGCAUUCAAAUUCAAAGAAACAGCAUUCUCAGUAAUAUCCUCAUUAGUUAUGAAUCAUUUUUGUGCUGAUUUGAUUGGCCUUUGAACCAUGUUUCUUUUUUAGAGCUAGUAAACCCUGGGUGACUCGAUAAAUAUAGACAUUCUGGAUCUGGAAAAUGAGAGGCAAAAAUUACUAACAUUUACAUGGUGCUUUACAAUUUUUUUUUAGGGUGAUUUCACAUAAAGAUCCCAGUAGCGCUGGGAGCGAGAGAAUAUUAUGUUCCUGGUCUCCAGCUCAGGAAAGCUUAGUACUAGAGAGCUAGGAAGGGUUCGAGCUUGCAGUCAAACCUAGGUCUUGGGCUUCAAAUCCUGAUUGCAACGCGGCUUCCGAAGGGAGUGAAUGCUCUUCUCCCAGCCCCUCUCCCCAUAUUCACUCACAUUACCACAGGAGACACGUGCCAGAUCUUGAAGGGGUUGAAGCAGAAGGUAAUCUGUUCUGGAGAUCAUGAAACUGAUCUCUUUCCCUCUGCAAAUGCCUCGUGAAGCGCAUUCGUAGGGCCUCUCCAGAGGCUGCCUCAUGAGGGAAGGUUCUGCUUGGCUUCCCUUUGUCAUUAGACUCAGGCUGAAUCUGCUUGCUGCAUGUGGAGAAAGUGCCCGUUCUGCUUUGGCAGAGUCUCCGGAGUGCUGGGUUCCUACCUGUCUUCAUCUGAAAGUUUGGUCCGGAUAUCCCUGCUGAAAGUGACUAGGGAUCCUCAGCUGGGACAGCUCCCCUAGAUCACCACUGCCGAUCUAGCCCACCCAGCCUCCUGCAUCUCUGCUGCCAGAGCUGCCCGGCUCAGAUUACCAGAGGGGAGGGAGGGUGGGUAUGGACCUCAGGAUCUGGGGCCCCAGGUGCACCGCAAGCCUGAGCUCUCCAUCUGCCUUGGCGAAACUCUGCCUGUGGCAGAGUGAGAUCUUUGUAUCCAGACCCUUCCAAUUCACGGAGGCAAGUGGAAGACUGCUGCGUGGCUGGGAAUUUCUCAAGGCUCAGGAAAAAGAUGAACUGGCCCCAUUCCUGCAUCUCCUUUUGCUGGAUUUACUUUGCUGUCUCCAGACUGAGAGCUGUAGAAACAGCAGAUGGAAAAUAUGCUCAGAAAUUGUUUAAUGACCUUUUUGAAGAUUAUUCCAAUGCUCUUCGUCCAGUAGAAGAUACAGAUAAAGUCCUGAAUGUCACCCUGCAGAUUACACUUUCUCAGAUUAAGGACAUGGAUGAAAGAAACCAGAUUCUGACUGCCUAUUUAUGGAUCCGCCAAAUCUGGCAUGAUGCAUAUCUCACGUGGGAUCGAGACCAGUAUGAUGGACUGGAUUCCAUCAGGAUCCCCAGUGACCUGGUAUGGAGGCCAGAUAUUGUCCUAUAUAACAAGGCUGAUGACGAAUCUUCUGAGCCUGUGAACACCAACGUGGUUCUGCGGUAUGAUGGGCUAAUCACCUGGGAUGCACCAGCCAUCACCAAAAGCUCCUGUGUAGUGGAUGUCACCUAUUUCCCCUUUGAUAACCAGCAGUGCAAUCUGACCUUUGGUUCCUGGACCUACAAUGGCAACCAGGUGGACAUAUUCAAUGCCCUAGACAGUGGAGACCUCUCUGACUUCAUCGAAGAUGUGGAGUGGGAGGUCCAUGGCAUGCCUGCUGUGAAGAAUGUGAUCUCCUAUGGCUGCUGCUCUGAGCCUUACCCAGAUGUGACAUUCACUCUCCUUCUGAAGAGGAGGUCCUCAUUCUAUAUCGUCAACCUCCUCAUCCCAUGCGUCCUCAUAUCUUUUCUGGCUCCCUUGAGUUUUUAUCUCCCAGCAGCCUCUGGGGAAAAGGUCUCCUUGGGAGUGACCAUCCUGUUGGCCAUGACUGUAUUUCAGCUCAUGGUGGCAGAGAUCAUGCCGGCCUCAGAAAAUGUACCUCUGAUAGGCAAAUACUACAUAGCCACAAUGGCUUUGAUCACAGCCUCCACCGCGUUGACCAUUAUGGUGAUGAAUAUCCACUUCUGUGGGGCCGAGGCCCGGCCAGUGCCACACUGGGCCAGGGUGGUCAUCCUGAAAUACAUGUCCAGGGUCUUGUGUGUCUACGAUGUGGGUGAGAGCUGCCUUAGUCCCCGCCACAACAGGGAGCGAACCCACCUCACAAAGGUUUAUGGCAAACUUCCAGAGCCAAAUCUGAACAUGGACAGAAACAAAGACCUUCCCAGAAAGAAGGAAAUAAACAAGCUCUUAAAGAAUGACUUGGGAUGCCAGGGUGAGAACCCACAGGAUGCUGACAGUUACUGUGCACGGUAUAAAGUGCUGACAAGGAAUAUCGAGUACAUUGCCAAGUGCCUCAAGGACCACAAGGCCACCAAUUCCAAGGGGAGUGAGUGGAAGAAAGUUGCAAAAGUCAUAGACCGAUUCUUCAUGUGGGUUUUUUUCAUUAUGGUGUUUGUGAUGACUGUUUUGAUCAUAGCAAGAGCAGAUUAGUGGGCAUUUGGUAUAUGGAAAUAAAUCAGUAAAAUUC